AUGUUGUCCCGUUACCGUAAUUUUUGGCCAUGUACGUUUAGGCUUGUCACUACAAAGGAUAUCGGUAUGACUCUAAUGGACCUUGCCAACAUGAGCGUCGCAGACGCUCCCGUAGCACAGAAUGAUGACGAUAUGAGGACAUCUAAAGAGGAAGAAGGACUGACAGGAGCUUCUCUUCUACGACAUGUUCAUUCCACCUGGCGAUCAUGUGACGAUGCUGGCAUUCCUCCACAGUUGUGCCUUUGUAUGGAUAAGAAAGUUCUUCAGUCGAUCGAUUACACAAAGUUCGUUUAG